AUGGAUUCCGACGGGGAAUUGAAGAGUCCAGUUGUGGAGAUAACAAUACCUGAAGAUUGGUCCAAUGCAGUAAACACCAUAGCUGAUUAUGAUGGAACUUGUCCUCCAGUUGCCUUUGUUUGUGGGCCUAAAAAUUGCGGCAAGUCCACUUUCGCUCGCCACCUGCUGAAUGUUCUCCUCCAAAGGUACAAAAGAGUGGCUUAUUUGGACACUGAUGUUGGCCAGACAGAGUUUACCCCUCCUGGUCUUUUAUCACUCACCGUGAUUGACACAAUAACUCCGAAUUUGGCUGCUCCAUGCCUAAAAACACCAGAAAGAUGCUUUUUCUUCGGUGACGUAUCCUCAAAAAGGGAUCCAACAACUUACUUGGCAUUUAUAUUCUCAUUAUUCGACCAUUAUAGGAAAGAAUUUGGCUUGUUCAAUAAGAGUGAAAGUCCGAAUGUUGCAGUGCCAUUGGUCAUCAAUACUUCUGGCUGGGUGAAAGGUAUUGGUUAUGACUUACUUGUGGAGAUGCUCAAGUAUAUCUCUCCUACCCAUGUGGUGAAGAUUUGCAUCUCAGCAGAGAAUAAGAAUCUACCAGUUGGAGUGUUUUGGUCAGAUGAGGACACAGAAUCAACAAUCUUAAUUGAGGUCAAUUCAGCUCGGCAGGAUUAUUUCAAUAGAUCGGUACUGGUGCAGAAAGAUGCACGUCUACUGCGAGAUUUGCGCACGAUGUGGUACUUCAAGCAGUGCUUCCCCAGUGAAAUGUGCAUCGGUACAGUGAAGGAAUUUGCCAGUGCUUUAGCUGCCCUACCUCCAUUUGAGAUCUCACUCGAUGAUGUCACAAUUAAACAUCUUCAUUGUCAGGUGCCAGAACCUGAGAUUUUUUACAGCUUGAAUGCAACUAUUGUUGGUUUGGCUGUUUGUUCUGAUGAUUCCAAAAGUCUUACCCCUUGUAUGGGACUGGGAAUAGUGCGAGGUAUUGAUACUUCAAAGAAUGUUCUCUAUUUAAUCACCCCUGUUCCUAUAAAAUCCUUGGAAAAGGUUGAUCUAUUGCUACAGGGGUUUGUCCAAAUUCCCCUUUGUUUACUACAGAAUUUCAUAGUCUUAGAUUUAGGCUUAGAAAUCAUGUCACAAUCCAUUUGGACAUUUGUUGAAGAAAAGAUGGGGAAAUUGCCACAUUUUGUGAUGUAUGCCAUCUUAGAGGGGUUAAUGAUAAUUUUACUUUUCAUUGAUGGUAUCCUUUCAUUUAUCUCCAAUGAGUUAGCCAAGUUAUGUGAUUUGAGAAUCCCAUGUUUGCUUUGUACAAGGAUAGAUCAUGUUCUUGUUCAUAGGAAUCCAGGUUUUUAUUACAAUGAAUCGAUUUGUGAGGUUCAUAAGAAGGAUAUUUCUUCCCUUGCUUAUUGCCAUGUGCAUAAGAAGCUGUCUGAUAUACGAAACAUGUGCGACGGAUGCCUUCUUUCAUUCGCGACAGAGAAAGAUUCAGAUACUGAUAGAUACAAGUCUCUAGUAGGGAUUUUGCACAAGGAUAUUGAUUGCUUCGUCGAGGAUGAUCCGAAGAAUUACCUAAAAUCAGGAAAGAAGGAUGAAGGAUUAAUGCAACUUGACAUGACUGGCGCUCCUCGGUGUUCAUGUUGUGGGGAACCUUUAAGACCAAGACCUUCCUCUAAAUUUAUCCGAAGUGCAUCGAUGAAUGCAUAUGCUCCUACUCCAUCUCCGAGAGCCCCCUUGCUAGCAUGGAAGAAUGAGGAUGCAAGAACUGCAGAACUGCCUCAUAUACGCUAUACCGAGCUCAAGAUUAUGUCGGAUACUGACUCAGAAAUUCAAGAGGAUGAAGAUGUUAUGAAUGGAGGAAUUCAGAGUAAAGAAGAUAUGAAAGCUGCAACUGUGCCAUUGCUGCCAGACGCUGAUGAUAUCAAUGAAGAUUCAACUAAAACACCCAUUUUUGGCAGGGGAAACAGAUUUUUUGGGAUCCCAUUGUCUGAUUCUGCUCAAGCCAGUCCAAGAUACAACAAGUCUAGUAGAAAGAUGUCCAUGGACAGGCCCGACCUCAAUCUCGAACCAUAUGACAUAAAUCCAUUGAAUGAAUCAGACGGUGAAUCUAUUUUGAACCGUUUGAAGAAACAAGUUCGUGUGGACCGCAGGUCACUCAUUGCUCUAUAUAUGGAGCUGGAUGAAGAAAGGAGUGCUUCGGCUGUUGCAGCAAACAACGCAAUGGCGAUGAUCACUCGACUGCAAGCAGAGAAGGCAGCUGUACAGAUGGAAGCCUUGCAAUAUCAAAGAAUGAUGGAGGAACAAGCAGAAUAUGACCAGGAAGCACUUCAGGUCAUGAAAGAUUUAAUUUUGAAGAGAGAAGAAGAGAUUAAGGUUCUAGAAUCGGAUCUUGAGGUCUACAGGGAAAAAUAUGGACCCAUAAAGAAAAUAGGAAGUGAGAUUUGUGAAAUUGAUGACGAAGAUUACCAAGAGUUGAAAUCUCAGUCACUAUCACCUUGUAUGGAAGAAUCCGAGUGUGGAAGUCCUACUGGUGAAGUAGGCCAAAAUGGCAUGAUAGAUGAGGUUUCCUUCGAACGCCCUGAAGAAACUGGAGCUAGCAAUCUGGCUGAAUCAUCUCUAGAUUUCGACAGCGAAAGAUCUUAUCUUCUGCAGUCACUCAAAGAUCUUGAGAAGAACAUCAAUGCAACUUCUGAGAGAGGAUCUCACCCCUCAGAGCCUCUAACAGGAAACGAAAAUAAACCGACUUUGGCGAGAGAAUUAUCCAUAAUUCGAGAGAGAUUAAGAGCAAUUGAAGCAGAGAGUGGUUUUCUAAAGCAUGCUGCAAUGACUCUACAGAAAAAUAGUGAUGGCACUAAAUUGUUAGCAGAGAUAGCUCAACAUCUACGAAAGCUGAGGUACACUGCAAAUGUUCCGCCAGAAGAUGUAGCGGCAUGA